CGCAUUUCUCUGCACGACGCCGGACGGUGACGUGAAGCAUGAUAAUGUCACGGACCGCUUUACGAAUCGCUUCCCGCAGACGGGCCAGAACUUGGCCUGGGAAGGCCAGUCCGACUACAUCCGGGGACCCAACUGGACCUGGGUUAUGGAUCGCUGGUUCACGCAGGAGUACGGACUAUACCCGCCAAAAAACGUGCCCCACUUCACUCCCAUUAAAGGGGUCAAGAUAGGCCACUUCACCCAGGUAAUCUGGGCCAAGACACGCUUCGUGGGCUGCGGCUACGUCUAUUACAACGUCGACAUGAAAGCUGAUUUUCCGCACAUGAAGCAAUACACCUGCAACUACGCCCCUACUGGAAACUACGUAGGAGAGCCCAUCUACAAGCAAGGCCCGACGUGCAGCGCCUGCCCGGGGUCCACUCUGUGCAACCAGACAACGGGUCUGUGCGACGGUUCGUCGGGCGGUCCUCUGGACAACAGGCCUCCAACGCGGCCCACACCAACACCGCCUCGACGACCUCCCGAGACCUAUCGGCCAGCACCUCGCUAUCCGCCACCGACACCACCUCGAAGACAUCCAUGGCCCCAGCCGCCUGCACAGUAUUGUACGCCCUGUCCGUGCGUACGCUCUACGCCGUAUUCAUAUCCAAGGCCUGCCUCGCGCUAUCCGGGUUAUCGCUAUCCGCCCGCGUACACCACGCAGAGGCGGUACCCUCCAUACGCACAGGAUCCGGUGCCGAGGCGUUACCCGUUAUCCUACAACCCGCGGCUGGGCCAUGGGCUGCCUCGUUGCGAAGAUGUAAAGGGUUACAAACCAGGAGAGCCGGGGCAACCGGCCUGUGUAGAGGAUGGUGGCAGCGGAGCCCUUCCUAGCGUCGACGACAGUGACGGCGCUCACGAGGGCUGCCUUGGGCGAGAUGCAGCUAUCUGGCAGUACUUCGUUGCAGGCAGCGCCACCGGAUUGGCGGUGGUGGUGUUGCUGGGCGUAUUCGUGGUCUUCUUGCGCUUCAUCGGCUCGACUGGUGGCGCGGGAGCAAAGCUGUCGACCGAGGUGACGGUGACACCGGCCUAUUCGGGAACGUCGACGUAAGAAGGCGCGGUUGUCGAAGCGGGUGCCGUAUAACGAAGGCCGUAAUCGACGUAGCCCCGCAGAGGCUGUUGGCCGAAAUAAAGAAUGCGCACGGGCCACGGAGCAACGUGCGGU